UUUUCCUUUAAUUUAUCUACAUCUGAAACUUUUACUAAUGUAUAAAGAUUUUCAUGAAUUUCGGACGUUAUUAUAACCUCUGAUUACUGAAUUUUCACAUUUAUUUACUCUAAUAACACUCGUGAUAAACAGAUUUACCGUAUCUCAUCACUGGGAAAUCUGUGAAAGGUCAAAUCAGGAUUUUUUGCCUUCGAUGUUCCACAAUCGGUGUAGACACAAAGUGCACGUGGAGGCGACAUGCUGACCACGAAAUCUUCUUCGCUAAACACGAUAAACCUAUCCAAAAAAAUCUCACGAAACUAGAACGAUGUACUUCCCUAUUCACUACUAUUAUUUAUCGCUAUUUGUUGCAAAAAAAAUCUGUAAACUGUCGACUACAAUGACCAACAAACACAGAGACUGCGGUAAAGCUCUCUUCGCGCUGUUUACACAGCAGGAUCGAGCGGGAAACUGACAGGAGCUGCGUUUUCGCGGUUUUUUCCUAGUCAGAAAAAUAUGGUUGUCGCAACCAAUACUUUUGUAAAACCUCCUUACACACUCAUUAUUCAUUUUCUUGUCAUUUAUUUACUUUCAUUAUUGUUAAAAAGUAUAUUUUACAUAAUAUACUGCAUGAAUGAUGAAUCGUCUGCUUGUGCGUGCUCAUAUGCGCGCCAAGCUGUAGGAAACUCAUAGGUGGCGCCGCCGAGCGGUUGGGUAACAGAACUAACGGCCUGUUACCCAAGCUUUCGUCCCCCCAUUUUAACCCAGAACCGUUCUUCUAUAGGAAGUCUAUAUUCGUUGAUAUCAUAUAGGUUAGAAUCCAGCUGAAAGAAAAUCAUCGUUUCAAGGAUACAACACGUCAAGAUAGAACGAUAUGCAGUCCUAAAUUGAAAAUACGCAACGGCCCGGAGAGAUCUUCCAAACUCAAAUGUGUGACGAGCAACGAGACACGGCUGAAAGAGACAGAGAAAGCGUAAAAACGUCGUCGUGUCAGGCGCGAGGUACACGUACACAUAGUCGCAAACAAUAGGACUUUUCCAGUUGAAGACGAUCGAGAACUACGUGGAAACAGAAAAUCAGCACAAAUGCCUCUCGUUGCAACAAACUGCCCCCAUGCCGAGAGUCAUGGCGAUUUGUCAAUUGUUGAAGACAUAAUCGCUGGAAAGGAGACUUUUGACAAAUGUGUCGAGUGUGAUAAUGAAGGUCCUAAUCUUUGGCUGUGCCUGUAUCCAGAAUGCCGCUAUGUUGGUUGUGCGGAGCAACAUCUGGAUCACAGCACUAUCCAUAACAGGAAGUUCCUAACACACUCUGCCCACAUGAAUCUUUCUUCAAACAGGAUUUGGUGUUACUCCUGUCAGAAAGAGAUCCAUACCAGGCACAUACCAUCACCUUCACUCUCACCAAACCAGCUUGAUCUCAUGGUUUUUGGAAACAAAUUCUCUGGAGAUGCCUCUGUUAGUAUAAAUUGCAAGCCUGAGAAGUUUGAUUUUCACCAAUAUUUUCAAAGAUUUGUAGAUGAUAGUAAUGCAGCUAAUAGGAUAAAUACAGACAGAGGAGACUCUUUUCUUGAUAAAUCAGAAGAUUCUCCUGACAGCACAGAUUCAGAUGAAAGCAGAGAUUUUUCAGGAAAACCUAGAGGAUUAGUUGGUUUGCAGAAUAUUGGUAACACAUGCUACAUGAAUUCAGCAUUGCAGGCAUUAUCAAAUGUUCCACCAUUGACACAAUUUUUCCUGGAUUGUGCUCACAUGGUGUCUUAUGUUGCUAGAGAUCGCAAACCUGGUUUGAGCUUAAGUUACUUGAACCUCAUUAGAGAAAUGUGGAAUAAAAGAACCAGGGGGUACACGGUUCCGCAUGCUAUAUUGACGGGUAUACGAACAGUUCAUCCAAUGUUUAGAGGUUACCAUCAGCACGACACGCAAGAGUUCCUACGCUGUUUCAUGGAUCAACUUCAUGAAGAACUUAAAGAGCACAUUGAGGAAGAUCGAGAUGGUUUGCAGCGAUUGAAAAGUCUCGGCGAGCCUUCAUCAGAUGAAGAGGAGACUGAAGUUGAUGGAACUGGUUCAAGUCAAUCAGAUGCUGAGUAUGAGACCUGUGACUCUGGAGUGAGUGAACAGAGUUCGCUCAGCGACGAAGGCGAACGAGGCAUGAAACGAAGAUAUUCCAAAGUGAGUCAGGCCGACAAGCUCAGAAACAAGUUCACAAGUCGUAGUGUAAAGAAAGGCACCGCCGACGUCACUUACACUCAACAACAAAGGUCUUCCCAAAGCUCACCAGUAAAACACCAUUCAAAAAAACAAAUGAAAACACGAAGCAUUAUUAGCGACAUAUUUGAUGGUAAACUUUUGAGCAGCGUGCAGUGUCUCACCUGCGAUAGGAUAUCCACACGAAUCGAGACAUUCCAGGAUUUGUCGUUGCCGAUUCCGAGCCGUGAUCACAUUAACAUGAUACACCAAGGAUCCCUAACUCCGCAAAAAGCAAGUCCUUGUUCCGACGUUGUUUACGUGACUAAUCAAUCAGGCUGGAUUUCCUGGUUUUUGCAAUUAAUGCGCUCCUGGCUAUGGGGCCCAACUGUUAGUCUCCACGAUUGUCUCUCUGCGUUCUUCAGUGCGGAUGAAUUGAAGGGUGACAACAUGUACAGCUGCGAAAAGUGCAACAAGCUGCGUAAUGGCAUCAAGUUCUCAAAAGUUCUCGAAUUGCCUGAAGUUCUCUGCGUCCAUCUCAAAAGAUUCCGGCACGAGCUCAUGUUCAGUUCCAAGAUCGCAAGUUACGUGUCCUUUCCGUUGGAGGAUUUAGAAAUGCGUCCUCACCUUCACAAAGAUUGUGUCUCCAAGGAGACAAGUUAUGACCUCAUCUCAGUGAUUUGCCAUCACGGAACUGCCGGCGGAGGUCACUACGUCUGCUACGCUCUGAACCCGAUUACAAAUCAGUGGUUCGAAUUCGAUGAUCAGUGUGUGACGCCAGUGUCUCGCGAAACUGUGCAAAACUGCGGCGCAUACGUGCUGUUUUACCGAAAGCGCUCGCAGGAGAUUAUGCAGCUGCGCGAGAAGACCGUUGAGCUCAUGGAGAUGUCAUCAAAAGAGUCUUCGGAUUUGAAUUUCUUCGUGUCAAGGCAGUGGAUUAAUCGGUUCAAUACUUUUGCUGAACCUGGACCAAUUGACAACUCCGAUUUCCUUUGCCCCCAUGGAGGUGUAAAUCCUGUGAGAGCCAAGUUUGUAGAUAAAAUUUGUACGCCUAUCCCGCAGCACGUUUGGGAGUUUUUGUACAAAACAUUUGGUGGUGGACCAGUUUGUACGCAUUUAUGUGAAUGUCCCAUAUGUGAAGAGAAACACGAAGCAAUGGAAAAACGACGACUUUACGAAUUGGAAAUUUUCAAUCAGCUAAAUCGCCCUGAUAAUCCAACGGCACUUUAUGCUUUAGCGAUGUCUUGGUUCAGGCAAUGGCAGAGUUUCGUAAAAAGCAAAGAGACUCAGCCUCCUGGGCCGAUAGACAAUAGUUCCAUUUCUGUAAAUAAGGGCGGUCAAACAGUUUUGAAAGUUGGUUCUGAUUAUGGUCCAAUACCAGAGGAGCUUUGGCAGUUCUUUGUAAAUACGUACGGUGGAGGACCAGCGGUGAUGCUUCAUUCGUGUCAACGGCCAGUGCCUGCACAUUCUAGUAUUCCUACACAUUCCGCUGCAAGUCCGUCACAAGUUCACAUUGAUAAGAACUCAAAAUUUCCCCACGUAGAGGCUAAACUGAAGCAAGUGACCGCUGCCAAAAGCACCGAAUCGAUAUCGAUGCAGGACACUAGCGCUAUAUUAGCUGAUAAUAAUUCAACGGUGAAUACCGAUGCUCAACCGGCUCCAAGAGAAACCAGCGGCUAAGAUAUUUUUCCAAGCUAAGAUUUCAGUUUUAUCAAUACUGAAAUUUAUUUGGUAGUGCAAUCCAUACUAAUGAAUUUGAAACGGAUUCAUUGUCUACUACGUUUUUAGUCUAAAAAGUCAUUUUUGAAAAGAAUCGCUUUAGUUUGAUAAUUCUUUGCAAGAAUAUAAACCACAAAUUGCAAAUUAUGUCACGUGACUAAACUUGUUUAUCUUUAUUUAGUUUUACAUUUGUUGCACAUGGAAACAAAUUUUUUUUAAGUUUUCAUUACUACAAAUUCAAUUUUUAGUAGAUCAUGGAUUCAGCUGAAAUUCAUUGAAAUAACGAUAGUUUAAUUCGAUCGCAAAUGUACAUGUUAAUGAAAUAGCUUUUCGAUAUCACUUUCAAUUUAAAUACUUGAUGCGCUGCAUUGAGCUUUCUUGAAACUUGUACAAUAUUGCAAUGACGUUUUUUUUUCUUUAAUUCGUUAAAAUCGAGAGUAUUUUAUUUAAUGUAUGCUUAAUAUAUAUUAUAUAGCACGCUUGUACAAACAGUGAAGUGUGAGUGUGAAGGGAAUAGUGAACGUCUCUGUCGAAUCGAGAGCGUUUUAAUUUUUUACUUUCUCGCGCAGAGGAAAGAUAAAUGUUCUGUUUUGCUGUGUCUCUCGUUACUUUUUCAUACAAACGAGAGAUGAUGCAAUGUAACAAAGACCAAUGAUAUCUGUAGGAGUUGAGUCAAUGGGGAUUCUUCGUUAAGUAUCGAAAAAUCUAUAUGAUGAAUACAAAAUUGCAUCAUAAUAUUAGUCAUCUUAUCACGUUUAUGAAUUGUUCUAUGUUUUGUUUCUAUUUACAUUUACGUUUUGGUGUUUCGACUUUUAAUUUUUAUCCCUUCUUUUCCGGUCUCACCUACAUACGUACAAAUUAUUUGAGCUAUUUCGGGCUUGCACGCUCCUUUAACAUUGGCAUUUAUGUUAGCAUUCUUUCUUACCGCAUGGCGUGAAAACUAAACGAUUCGCGCGGUAAAUGAUAAGAAGACUGACGAUUCCAUGAAAAAAAAAAAAAAUAAUAAAUAAAUAAAUAAUAAUAAUGAUGAUGAUGAUUAUAAUUUAUUAAAUUCUCGGGAUUUUGCUUUUAUGUUUGUCAGAAAUGACGUAUAAAUACACAUGGAAGAGGAUAUAUUAUUAUACAUAGAGAGAAGGAAAAAUGCCAAAUCUAUGCGAAAUAUACUUUGUAUUUUAAAUUUGUUCAUUGUGCUAUAUAUGUAAAAUAGUGAAUAUAAGGCGUUUAUCGGUGCGCGGUAAAGGAAAAAAAGAGGGAGAUGAAAAGAAAAUUUAUGUUGUUGAGAUGACACGUUACUGCUAUCAUUACCAUAUUGUUAGUCCGUUAAUUUAUUUGAUUUUACAAUUUAAAUGUCGCUCGUCGACGGGCCCGAAUGAUUCUACCUAGGAUGUUCUUCGUCAACUCUAACAAUGCGCUUCGCCGUGUUCAGUCGGAAAUGUGAAGCUAGCCAAAUUUAGCGUAAUUACCAGAUUUCGAAAACGAGAGAAAAAGAGGCACACACAAAAGUUGAAUAAACAGGACGGCCGAGUGAAGGCAUAUUGUGGGGUUGCAUUAUACAAAAAGAAAUCGAAGUUUAUUCUUACUAUUAAUGAAUUAUAAUUGUGAAUUGUAACAUAAGUUAGAAGACAAAUAAAGAAGUUUUUUAUUUAUUAAAAAAA